UAUUUACGUAUAUAUUAAUCUGUGGUCUUAUUGCUCAAAUCAGAAGAUUAAAUAAUAAAUAUUAUUGUAUUAUUGCUGAAUAUUUUGAGAUGUAAUACAGAAUAAAUGUAUUAAAGAAUAAAGAAGAAAAUAAAAAUGUGUUGGUGCCUAUUUCGUACCAAGUCGGGCAAUUUUAGAUAAUUUUUAUAGUGAAUUGCGAAACAAAACAACCUACUUGAUAUACAUAAUAUUUCACUGUUAUAUUAUAUUUCUCUUAUUUUAAAUCAAAAAUUAAAAUGUCCCCUCGUAAACAGCCCGUUAGCUUGUACCAGUUGUGUAUCAAAAAUUGUCUUAACUUGAUAAAUGAAAGUUGUUAUGCCAUCGAAAAAAUGUAUCCAGAUAUCGAUUUCAAAGAGCUUAAGAAGCAAAAAAUAUAUGAAUUGAAAGGUUUCCUAAUGGCUACACUGCCAGCCAGGAUAUUUGACGCACUAUGUAUAGAAAGAAUAUCCAGCAGAUACCGCGGUGACCCUCGUACUCAACUCAAUGUCCUGAUACAUCCAAAGAUGACAAUCUUUCGCAAGGUUUAUGUUGAUAACGGUAUAUCACAAAACUUUUGGCUCAAAACAGUUCCCUGGUUUAGUCGUUUAGUUAUCCUGGACUUGAGAUAUGUUUGUACUGACGAAAUUCUUAAAAUUAUCGCCAGUAAAUGUCUUCUGCUCGAAGAGCUCAACAUUAUUUCUAGGGUUGAUGUUUGUAAGUCUGUCAUUAAUGCCUCUGUUUUAAUCAGGAACGUUUCCGAUUUUGGGUUGUCCCAUUUAAGCAAUCUCAAGAAGCUGCGCGUGCUAUCAAUGGAUCCCCCGAGGAAUGAGAAAUCUGCUCGAGUUGGGCGAUGUGUUACACAAACCGGUAUCAUUAUGCUUCUCCGUGAACUCCCCUACCUUGAAGAGUUAAACAUUGAGUCCUGCGACAUCGGAUCCACGCUGAUCGGCGCAAGCGUGGGCAUCGGACCGCUGAACCUCAGGAAAGCCAAUUGUCAUUUUGCAUCCGCAGAAGGUAUUCGCAAAUUAAUUAAAAUCUGCCCCCAACUAAAAGAACUGUCAGUAACACAUUUAUCAGCUAAUGAUAAGGAGUCUAUAUUAGAAGAAAUCACAGUCAGCGAACUCAGGUUGACUGUGUUAAAUAUGUCAUUCUUCUCUUACACUGAAUCUUUGCAACGACUCCUACAAGUUCAAGGCAGAUAUUUAACUCACUUUUCGCUUUGGGAUAUAGAUCAAUCUGUAAAUAUAGACGCCGUCGUUCACAUAGGCCUCUCCUGUCCCAACCUCACCAGUCUUUGUCUCAUGACGCAGUCCAAUAAUUUGUUCAUACCACGUUUCUUCAAACGACCCGAUAACAUGUUUUCCAAAUUGCAAAAUUUAACAUUAGGUAAUGAAAAUUUUAAACUCGAUGACAUGGUUCUCUUUUUUCUUGAAUCAACAAAAAAUAUGACCAAACUUGUUUUGAAAUAUCAAACGAAAUUGGCCAUAGAUGAACUGUUAUUGUAUGUAUUAAAAAAGGGUUAUUUGAGCAACAUCAGCAGCCUAUGGUUGGAUAUAACUCUGGAAGUUUCCAUGGAUGUGGUAAUGCAAAUCAUACAAUCGUGCGACAAGCUUACUGACUUAACGGUAGAUGUAACAGCCAAAAACGUCAUACGAAUCCUGCAGUGUAUCAAUGACGAAAAUCUGGAUUUGAGAUUUGGUGGGUAUUGAGUUAUUCCUUCGGCGAAGAGUGAAAACUAUAUAACUGCAAAAUUACUUUUGACGAUUUUUUGACGUAUUUUCUGCUAGUUUCGUACUUAUAGGUACCUACCUAAUUUUAUGGAAUUUCAAAAAGGAAAAAUAUAAAUAAGUAAGUUCAGCUGUAGUUUUCCACAACGACGUUUAUUGUAAAAAAUCAUUACUUAGGUCUAUCAAUAUCUAUAAUCACUUAUACAAUUUGAAAUAUAAUUAAGAUUUAAUUUUUUCUGCAAGUCUGUAAAAUCUUGUUAUUAUUACAUUGUGGCAGAGUUAUGCUAUAUUUCUGAAUUGAAUAGCAAUAAUAUUUUAAUUAUGUAAAAUAAAUAAAAUUAAUUAAAAUAUACAUUUUUUACUAAACAUAUCUGCAUAAAAUAUAAAUCGGUCAGUGGCGCUUUUGGAAGCAACUCCUUGAGUCAGUUAAACAAGCGAGUAUCGGACGUAGUCCUCAUAAAUCAAUUUAAACUAUUAAAAAAAACACUCGCAUUUAUCUAGUUUUCUCUCGACUCCACGAUUUAUUGUAUUGUCUUGUAUUACAUUUUACAAUAUAAUUAUUAUAUAAACUAAUUUGCAAUAUAUCCGAUUUUUAAGUUAAUCUUAAUUAUUUUCUAUUACCUACCUACUUACUAUUAUUUUCGUUUUCAAUAUGAUCAGAAUAUUGAUUAUUAAUAUUAAUUACUUAAGGUAAUAAGUUUGUGUUUAUACUAAAAAAAUACUAAUAAGAAUCACUUAAAGUUGUUACAUUUCUAAUUUUUAAUUACGGCUCGUAUUCGAUAUCAUAUUACUAGUCUAGGGGUCGGUAAAAUAUGUUAAUCUCUUUUAUUCUCUUGUCUUCUACCAUUUGUCAACACACACAUUAUCCUACACUAAACACACACUCCAACCAUCUGUUUGGCCCUUUCACUUGCAAUUUCAACAUUUAAUAAGGAAAAUACCUUUUCUAAUAGGUACCAUGUACAAUAUCGCCAACUUAGAGUCCACUCUGAAGAUGAGAUGUAUAGCUGCCCAGUGCAAAGAUUUUAUACUAUUAGGAUAUGUUCUCAUAGGUACGUGCCUACAAAAUCACCGCAAAAAGUGAUAAUUAACAACUCCACUAAGCGCACACAUGCACAAUUUUGUGUUUAGGUACUUACAUUAUUUAUAGGUACAGGGUGCUGGGGAGUAUUUCCUAAACUUUGGAGUUAUAAUCUUUACCGAUCUUAAUUAAUGUUUUCGAAGUAAAUAUUAUAUUAUUUUUUAUGUAAAUAGAUCUUAAAAUGUGUUCCUUAUACGCAUCCUUAUAAUUAUGACGCAGCCAAACUUUAAAAGGAGAAUGCCAGAUCCUGACCCAGUCCUCACUCGGAAUUUUGCGGAAAAUGUAGAUGUACUAAAUAUAUUUUAAAUAAUUGUUUUUUAAUAAACCAUUUUUACUGUUAAACUCCGGAAUAAAAAUCUGCCAAAAAAAGUAAUUAUAUCCAUUACGUUAUUUCCUCAUAGCUGACAUUGUUUACUUAUUUUUUAAAAACCUUAUUUCGACCUUGGGUUCGAGCCCUUUAGAGCGUUUUUAGUGCAUUCUAAUUAUUUUAUGUUCAAAAUGGCUAGAAUCCAGAACUGUGAAGUCAGAUCAAAAUGUAAAAAUAAAAUGUCAUAACACUGUCAAACUAUCAAAACUCGUAAUAGACACCUCGGAGUAAUUUGAAAAUAAUAAAAUCACGUUUUUUUAAAUGUAUUGCAUGUGCUAAGUGCUUCUGUAUUUACAAAAAACCAAUCACGAACUUCACUUUACUUCAUAAUAAACUGCACAUAUACUUAACCUUGAAAUCAAACUUCAACUUGGAUUUAUUUUCAUACCCCUAGUUAUAAAGGGUUAAAAGGUAAUAUUUGUUUAAUAGUACAAAAAAUCCAAUAAAAUGAUAUAUAAUAUAUUGUUGCAAAUUAUUUUUUAGUGGGUCAAACUUCUAUACAUUGUCUGGCAUUGUCCUUUAAGACUUAGUAUGAAAACAUGAAAAAAUUUAAAUUAGGUAUAGUUGAAAAAAUGCAGUUUGGCUCCUAUAAGACGACUCGUCAACACCUUGAAAUUAUGGGAAAUACCUACUCCUCACCACCCUGUAUUUAUACAGGGUAGUGGGGAGUAGGUAUUAACUUUCCUUGUUUACUAUAAGUACGACUAAAAUGAAGAAAAUUAGCCACGCCUCAGUUUCGACGCGCAUCUAAUAGUAUAAUAUCUUUACCCAAUGUACAACUUCAGAGCGGAUUACAAGUUUGGUUUAACUCGUACUAUACCAAACUAUGUGAUUUGGAACUGCACAAUCAAAACGAAAAAAAACCAUUAUUACUUGCAAGUUAAUUAAAAAAGCAAGUCACAAUUGGCUGUAGGAAGGUACUUACUUAAUGAUGUACAUAUUUCAUUCCAUUGAACGGCUCAUUCACUAACUAAACUAAUGAAUUAUCAAAACAAUAACAAUUUAACGUUAUCCUACUGUGACUUAAUAAAAACAAUCUUAACAUUUAACUAGGUACAGUGCUCGCCACGGAUCUUUACGUUUGUGAAGUUAGCUGCGGAAUGAGUAUAAACUCACGGUCGCGUCUAGCCGGCUCCCCGCCCGCGCCGUUUGUAACGUUACUGAUUCAUUGCGCAGUCAUUUGUUGCUAACUUCACACACACAAUAUCUCGUGGUGGGCACUGUAUGACAUUAUGAGUGGUAAUAUUCUGAUCAUUUUAUAUUUCCAGGAGGAAGACAGAUAGGAUUAUUUACAGAUGUCAUUAAGAGAUCGGGUUAAGUGCAAAUUAGUGUAUUCAAAUUUAA